UUUGUUGUCAAGCAAAUCCUGCAAGAUUCUCACCAUCCUGCAAGACUACCUCCGAGUGCCACUCCGACCCUCCAUCGCUUGGAAGGACAUGAGCAGAGCUAUCACGCCUCCGUACGAUCACCGGCGGUGUGGCUCUUGCUUUGUUCGCCUAUUCCUUCUUGCCGAUACUUGAUUGCUCAGUCUUGAGCUUGCCGUCAUGCCGUAGGUGGCCUCGAUGCGUUGUCGUGGUAGGGAUCAGACGAUGUGCCUAUGUCUUGAGGCUUCAGGAGGUCAAGGUGAAUCUUUCUUUGAUAUCACGUGCGUUGCCAUUUUCCUGAGCGCAACUCCCAGUUUGUUUGUUUGUUUGCCUUGGCAGGAGCAUCCGUCUAUUGGACCAUCUUUUUCUUCCAGUCCGGACUUUGCUGCAACUCCUCAGCAUGCCAAACGUACUCUUGCUCAGGCAAUCCGUCCCGCGUGUGUCGGCUUCUCUUGCGUUCUGGCCUACUUCAUCUCGACGGAGAGGGGGUGCAAGAUGCACAUGCUGGUUGGGUACCAGGAGCGCAGUCCAUUGAGCUGACUAGCAGGAACAGUAGCGGUCGGAAUGUCGGUUGACUCGAUACGAAAGUCUGCCAUGGACCCUCUCGCUGAGGAAUGGC